AUUGAUCCAUCAUAACUUCAUAACCACCAGCCCCCGUAUCAAACUGGUUCCAACCAUGGACUUAAUUCAGCCUGCUCCUACUGUUAUCGUAUGCACCCGUCCAGGGUACAAAAACAGAGAGGAAUUUCGCUCAGCACGAUUCAAAGAUUCACCAAUUGUAUUGUUCGGUUUUCCCGGUCUAGAAAACGACAAGGAGUCCCCGCCUACAGAUAAUACUCAUCCGCUUGUAUGGUGCCAGAACGAAGAAAACAAAGAUAAAGAAUUUCCAUGCAACUUUUGCGAGCGUGAGUUAGAUAGCACCACCGGGUAUUAUUUAUGCGAGGAGUUCGAUAAGAGGAUCUCUAAAACCAAUACUAUUGGUUUUCAUAAAGAGUGUAUCAAACCGAUGACCAACAAUCCUUAUCAUCCUAAACAUCCGCUCCAAGUUCUCGUAUUUUCGUUAGCGGCACCGAACAAAGUAUGCUAUUGUUGUUACGCUUAUAAAACUCACUUUUAUUAUUGUUUUGUAUGUAAUUUUAGCAUUUGUCGUGAUUGUGCGGAACAACCGGUACUCCUUACAAUAGACCACAAGAAAAGGCAUGAACAUACACUCUACUACAUUCCUAGAGAAGCCUCCAUGACUUGUGAUGUUUGCGCUUUGAAUGAUCGGAGGUACUUUAUUUAUGUCUGUCAUCAAUGUGAUUAUGUAGUCCAUAAAAAGUGUAUCUACUCGCCAUACGUCAUAAAGAUUUCUCGUCAUGAACAUCGCCUCUCUUUCACUUCUUCGUUUCUUUCUGGAGAAUGGUUUUGCGGGAUUUGCCGGAAAAAAAUAAACCAAAAUUAUGGAGGAUAUUCUUGCUUGAAAGGUUGUUAUUACUUUGCUCAUUCCCAGUGUGCUAUACAUAAAGAUGUAUGGGAUGGAAAAGAACUUGAAGGAGAACCCGAAGAAAUAUAUGAAAAUAUUAUGCCGUUUGAAGAGAUAAGUGAUGGAAUUAUAAAACACUUCAGUCAUAAACAUCAUAUGCGACUCCUCAAAGAAGUUGAGAAAACAAAGAUUAACAAGCACUGCCAAGCAUGCGCAUUUCGCAUUUAUGAAGGUGAUAUUUAUGAUUGCUUGGAAUGUGAUUUUGUUCUCCACAAAGUAUGUGCACAUCUUCCAGUUAAGAAACAACAUGUGUUACAUCCUCACCCUCUUUUCUUACAAGAGGAAAAUCUACAAACUACGUUUGGGUGUUCAGCUUGCUUUCGUGUAUGCAACAGUUUCAGGUAUGUGUGUCAAAUGGCCGAUUGUCUUUUCAAGUUAGACGUGAAUUGUGCAGCUGUAUCUGUACCACUUAAUCAUCAAUGUCAUCCACAUCUUUUGUUCCUACCAUCUCAACCUGGAUCUGCAAGAAUGUGUUCGAUUUGUAAGAAAACCGAAAAGAUCCGUUUAGAAUGUGGAGAAUGUGAUUUUGUGUUUUGUUUUCCCUGUGCAAUUCUACCAAUGAAGUUCAAUUACAAUCAUGAUGAACAUCCUCUCAUAUUUUCAUAUGAAGAAGACUCGAGUGGUCAACAUUGGUGUGAUGUCUGUGAAAAAGAAAUACUUCCCAAGAAUGGAAUAUAUACGUGCUAUGAUUGUGACAUCCAACUCCAUAUUGAAUGCUUACACGGGAUCAACAUGUACAUCUUACCUUGUAAAGAGAUUACACUUCAUGAAGGAAAAUACGAUGUUCUUUGCAAUGAUCUCCUGCUCACACGGUACACAUGCAAACGAUGCCGCAAACGUUGCGAAGACAAGAUCGUCUACAAGACAUCCGAUGUAAUUUAUUGUUCUAUGUAUUGUAUAGUCUGUGAGAAAUAUGGGAUCAAAAAUUAAAUUAAAAUAUAUAUAAAUUAUAUAUUAAUAUUUCUGUAAACAGUAAAUAAACAAGAGAUAUGAUGUAAUUUAUUGUUCUAUGUAUUGUAUAGUCUGUGAGAAAUAUGUGAUCAAAAAUUAAAUCAAAUAAACAAUAUAUAAAUAUUAAUAUAUAAGAUGACAAAUUUAAAUGAUGAUGUGCCAAACUAAUUUCAAACGUCUCAGUCAG